CUAUGCCUGUCCCCGACCAGCCUUCGUCAGCCUCAGAGAAAACCAGCUCCCUGAGUCCUGGCCUAACCACCUCCAACGGGGAUGGCUCAGAAACAGAAACCACCUCCGCCAUUCUUGCCUCGGUCAAAGAACAGGAAUUACAGUUUGAAAGACUGACUCGAGAGCUGGAGGCAGAACGCCAGAUCGUUGCCAGCCAGCUGGAGCGAUGCAAGCUGGGGUCAGAGACGGGCAGCAUGAGCAGCAUCAGUUCAGCAGAAGAGCAGUUUCACUGGCAAUCACAAGAUGGUCAAAAAGAUAUCGAAGACGAACUCACAACAGGUCUGGAGCUGGUGGACUCCUGUAUUAGAUCGCUGCAGGAAUCAGGAAUACUUGACCCACAGGAUUAUUCCACAAGUGAAAGGCCCAGCCUGCUCUCCCAGAGUGCACUUCAGCUCAAUUCCAAACCUGAAGGGUCCUUCCAGUAUCCAGCCAGCUACCAUAGCAACCAGACCCUGGCCCUGGGUGAGACAGCCCCAUCGCUCCCUGCCCGCAGCACACAAGCCCGAGGUGCUGGCCAGAGCUUCAGCCAGGUAUGUGUGAGAAUGGGGCCCUCUGCUGUGUUGAUCUGUGGGGUCCAAGGGGACAGUCCUGGAGCAGAGCUGUCGCCGCGCGGCUCCUCGCCCAAGCAGUCGCCCAGCCGCCUGGCCAAGUCCUACAGCACCAGCUCGCCCAUCAACAUCGUCGUGUCCUCGGCCGGCCUGUCCCCGAUCCGCGUGACCUCGCCCCCCACCGUGCAGUCCACCAUCUCCUCCUCGCCCAUCCACCAGCUGAGCUCCACCAUCGGCACGUACGCCACCCUGUCGCCCACCAAGCGCCUGGUCCACGCGUCCGACCAGUACAGCAAGCACUCGCAGGAGCUGUAUGCCACCGCCACCCUCCAGAGGCCGGGCAGCCUGGCAGCUGGGUCCCGGGCCUCAUACAGCAGCCAGCACGGCCACCUGGGCCCAGAGCUGCGGGCCCUGCAGUCCCCAGAGCACCACAUAGACCCCAUCUAUGAAGACCGCGUCUAUCAGAAGCCCCCUAUGAGGAGUCUCAGCCAGAGCCAGGGGGACCCUCUGCCGCCAGCACACACCGGCACCUACCGCACGAGCACAGCCCCAUCUUCCCCUGGUGUCGACUCCGUCCCCUUGCAGCGCACAGGCAGCCAGCAUGGCCCACCGAACGCCGCCACGGCCACCUUCCAGCGGGCCAGCUACGCCGCUGGCCCAGCCUCCAAUUACGCCGACCCCUACCGACAGCUGCAGUAUUGUCCCUCUGUUGAGUCUCCAUACAGCAAAUCCGGCCCUACCCUCCCGCCCGAAGGCACCUUGGCCAGAUCCCCGUCCAUUGAUAGCAUUCAGAAAGAUCCCAGAGAAUUUGGAUGGAGAGACCCGGAGCUGCCUGAAGUGAUUCAGAUGUUGCAGCACCAGUUUCCUUCGGUCCAGUCCAAUGCUGCAGCCUAUUUACAGCAUCUCUGCUUUGGAGACAAUAAAAUUAAAGCCGAGAUACGGAGACAAGGAGGCAUCCAGCUUCUGGUGGAUCUGUUGGAUCAUCGGAUGACAGAAGUCCACCGUAGUGCCUGCGGAGCCUUGAGAAACUUGGUGUAUGGGAAGGCCAACGAUGACAACAAGAUUGCUCUGAAAAACUGUGGUGGCAUCCCAGCGCUGGUGAGGCUACUCCGAAAGACCACCGACCUGGAGAUCCGGGAGCUGGUCACAGGAGUCCUUUGGAAUCUCUCGUCUUGUGAUGCUCUCAAAAUGCCAAUCAUCCAGGACACCCUGGCAGUGUUGACCAAUGCCGUGAUCAUCCCCCACUCGGGCUGGGAAAAUUCACCCCUUCAGGAUGACAGAAAAAUACAACUGCAUUCCUCACAGGUGCUGCGAAAUGCCACUGGAUGCCUAAGGAAUGUGAGUUCAGCUGGCGAGGAGGCCCGCAGGAGGAUGCGGGAAUGUGAGGGGCUCACAGAUGCCCUGCUCUACGUCAUCCAGUCUGCACUGGGGAGCAGUGAGAUCGAUAGCAAGACCGUUGAAAACUGUGUGUGCAUUUUAAGGAACCUCUCGUACCGGCUGGCGGCAGAAACGUCUCAGGGACAGCACAUGGGCACGGAUGAGCUGGACGGGCUGCUCUGUGGGGAGGCCGGUGGCAAAGACGCGGAGAGCUCCGGGUGCUGGGGAAAGAAGAAGAAGAAAAAGAAGUCCCAGGACCAGUGGGAUGGAGUAGGACCUCUUCCCGACUGUGCAGAACCACCAAAAGGGAUCCAGAUGCUGUGGCACCCAUCCAUAGUCAAACCCUACCUCACACUGCUCUCUGAGUGCUCAAAUGCAGACACGCUGGAAGGGGCGGCAGGCGCCCUGCAGAACUUGGCUGCAGGGAGCUGGAAGUGGUCAGUGUACAUCCGAGCUGCUGUCCGGAAAGAGAAAGGCCUGCCCAUCCUCGUGGAGCUGCUCCGAAUAGAUAAUGACCGGGUGGUGUGCGCAGUGGCCACGGCGCUCCGGAACAUGGCCCUGGACGUCCGAAAUAAGGAGCUCAUUGGCAAAUAUGCCAUGCGAGACCUGGUCCACAGGCUUCCAGGCGGGAACAACAGCAACAAUGCAGCAAGCAAGGCCAUGUCGGAUGACACAGUGACAGCCGUCUGCUGCACCCUACACGAAGUGAUCACCAAGAACAUGGAGAACGCCAAGGCCUUACGGGAUGCAGGUGGCAUCGAGAAGUUGGUUGGCAUCUCCAAAAGCAAAGGAGAUAAACAUUCUCCCAAAGUGGUCAAGGCCGCAUCUCAGGUCCUCAACAGCAUGUGGCAGUACCGAGACCUGAGGAGUCUCUACAAAAAGGACGGAUGGUCACAGUAUCACUUUGUAGCCUCAUCUUCAACCAUCGAGAGGGAUCGGCAAAGGCCCUACUCCUCCUCCCGCACGCCCUCCAUCUCCCCUGUGCGUGUGUCUCCCAACAAUCGCUCAGCAAGUGCCCCAGCUUCACCUCGGGAAAUGAUCAGCCUCAAAGAGAGGAAAACAGACUAUGAGUCCACUGGCAGCAAUGCCACUUACCACGGGACUAAAGGAGAACACACUUCCAGGAAAGACACCAUGACAGCUCAAAAUACUGGAAUUUCAACUUUGUAUAGGAAUUCAUAUGGUGCGCCCACUGAAGACAUCAAACAUAACCAGGUUUCUGCACAGCCAGUCCCACAGGAGCCCAGCAGGAAAGAUUACGAGACUUACCAGCCGUUUCAGAAUUCCACGCGAAACUACGACGAGUCCUUCUUCGAGGACCAGGUCCACCAUCGCCCUCCGGCCAGCGAGUACACCAUGCACCUGGGACUCAAGUCCACCGGCAACUAUGUCGACUUCUACUCGGCUGCCCGUCCUUACAGUGAACUGAACUAUGAAACGAGCCACUACCCCGCCUCCCCCGACUCCUGGGUGUGAGGCGGGCGGCACGAGGCGCUCCGGGAACAGUGCAUGUGCAUGCAUACCACGAGACAUUGCUUCUUUUAAUUUCCCCCCUGCAAGUUUAGUUUGCUAAAGCCUGUUCCGUAGGAAGGCUGUGAUAACCAGUAAGGACAUACGAAGAGCUAUUUUAGAAAGCUAAACGAAUCGAAAGUUAACGUGGACGUCAGUAGAAAGCUAAAGCGAUCCUAAAGGUGACGACCUUGAGCGACACCUUUCUAGUUUGAGCUGUAGGGUAUGGAGGGUAUUGAAUGUGGCUGGAGACAGCACAGGAGGCGGUCCCGUCGGGGCGGUGGGGCGCGAAGGUUAUAAGCACAGAGGCAGGCAGCACGGGUCACACACUCUCGAAGGACGGCUUCUCACGCUUUGUUUCCUCUCUCCAUCCGUUGUGAUUCUAGGCUUCCGGUUGCAUUGGGGUCCCUCUGUACAGCAAGACGUUUCUUGCCUUUUGUUAAUGCAUUGUUGUAAAGUAUUUGAUGUACAUUACAGAUUAAAGAAGAGAAGCGCGUUGUGUAUAUUACACCGAUGCCGCAGUGUUUCCUCAUCUAUGGUUCUAAAUAUUGCUUCAAUCUCAAACGUUUGAAAGAUGUAUGGAUUUCCAGUUUUCUUUUCUUUCUCUCGGUAUGUUUUAACCAAGAAAAAAAAAUGGAGAAAAAGGAAUAUUUAGCAGUAUUGUUCGUUCUGAUAUGUGAACUUGUUUGUGGCAACUAAGCAAGGCAUUCAGCAGUUUCUGACAAUUAACACACAUCAUUCCACACUCCUUGUCAACAAAGUGCUUUUUCACUGCCUAAAAUUUUAGAUGUAGAUAUUUGAAAUAGAUUUUUUCAUUUAUACCAGUUUUCUUUAUGAUGAUACAGUGUUAAAAGAAAAUAAAUUACAAUUGAUCUGUCA